UUGUAUUUUUCAAACAGACUAUGUAGAAAAUGCAGCCGUCAGUACAUCCAGUUUAACCAGUACAACUAAUGACGCUAUGGUGAGGUUGGUAAAUGGUGUUAAGGGCUGUUCUGGAAGGGUUGAGAUUUACAGUGACGACUGGGGCACCAUUUGUUACGAAGGACUGGAUGAAGUCGAAGCCCAAAUGAUCUGCAUGGAAGCAGGUUGUGGUCCUCUCCUAUCCAUACACUCUGGUGAUUUGUUUGGCAAGGGUACGGGACCACUACUCACAGACGACCUGAACUGUUUUGGGAAUGAGAGCUCGGUGCUCGACUGCGAUUGGGAUAACCACACCGAUGCGUGUGACCACAUGAAAGACGCUGGAGUUGUCUGUGACUCCACCAUAAAGUUUCGAAAUGGCAGUGGCAUGUGUUCAGGGAGAGUGGAGAUUUUCCAUAACAGAGAGUGGGGAACGGUCUGUGACACCAACUGGGAUCUCAUGGACGCAUUGGUGGCCUGCACAGAACGUGGCUGUGGAAAUCCAGUGGCUUUAUACUACAAUGCUUUUUUCUAUCAGGGAUCGGGUAAAGUAUGGAUGGAUGGCAUCACCUGCAGGGGCCGAGAGACUUCACUGAAAGAUUGUGUGUUUAGCGGUUGGGGAGUGAGCAACUGUACACAUGCGGAUGAUGCUGGACUCACCUGUUUAGAGGUUAGGCUUGUAGAUGGAGAAAACUCUUGCUCCGGCAGGGUGGAGGUCCUCUAUGAUGAUCAUGGGUGGGGAACGGUUAGCGAUUACGGCUGGAAUCUGUUGGGUGGAGAUGUGAUCUGCAAACAGGUCGCUUGUGGGAGUGUGCUGAGUCUCACGAGUGGAUCUUUUUUUAAGAAGGGUUCAGGUAGUAUAUGGAUGUAUAAUACCAAGUGUGCUGGGAAUGAACCCUCUCUGAAAAACUGUAUUUCAGGGAUAAACACAAAUAAACAGAUUACACACAACAAUGAUGCAGGAGUUGUCUGCAGAGAGGUCAAACUGGUAAACGGCCGACAAAUUUGUUAUGGCACUGUACAGGUUCAUUAUAAUGGAGAUUGGGGCACAGUUUGUCACAACAAUUGGGACCCACUGGAUGGUCUUGUGCUGUGUCGAGAGCUUGGCUGUGGUCCUCUUAUACAGACAUACCCUGGAGCUUAUUUCGGGAUCGGUUCAGGUAACAUAUCGAUGGAUAGUUUACAGUGUAGCGGGAGUGAGUCCUCACUGAAGGAGUGCAGAUUCUCUGGCUCGGUAAACAGCCUCUGUACACAUUCUCAGGAUGCAGGAGUCGCCUGCGGAGAAGUGAGAUUGGUAAAUGGAGGCAGCAGUUGUUCUGGAAGGGUGGAGGUUCUUAUAAACAAUCAGUGGGGAACUGUUUGUGGAGAAAUAUGGGGUAUGAAUCACGCUCAAGUUGUCUGUAGAGAGCUGGGCUGUGGAAGUCCGGUAGAGGUAAAGACAAAUGGUUAUUUCGGAAGUGGUAUAGGACCAAUAUGGAUGGAUGAUGUGAGAUGUUCAGGCAGAGAGGCCUCAGUGAAGCACUGUCCAUCAAGACAAUGGGGAGUACACAGCUGUGUGCACGCACAGGAUGCAGGUGUCAUCUGCCGAGAGGUGAAGUUGGUGAAUGGGAACAACCCCUGUCAGGGCACAGUGCAGGUGUUUCAUGAUGGCCAGUGGGGAACAGUGUGCCACAACAGCUGGGAUAUCGCAGAUGGUUUAGUACUAUGUAGAGAGCUGGGCUGUGGUGGAAAGGCAGAGCCCUUGACAAAUGCCCAUUUUGGGGCCGGCGCGGGGCCGAUAUGGAUGGAUUCCCUCAGAUGCAGAGGAGACGAGUCAAACCUCAGGAACUGCCGAUUUGGUGGGUGGGGAAACCAUCAAUGCAUUCAUGCAUAUGAUGCAGGAAUCAUCUGCAAAGAGAUUAGAAAUGUGCUCAGGAUAAAGGUGAACGCUGACUCUGUUAAUCCCAACGAGCCUUCACACAUGACAAAACUACUGGACAAAAUUAAAAAUGAGGUCAAAAAGAAUGGAAAUUUCUCUGUCAAGUGGAGAACUCAGUCGAAUGGGAAAGUGUUUCAGGAACAGAAAUUAUUUGAUCCCUGACAGGAGCCGCAUGAGAAAUUACCUUUCAUGACCAAUUCAAGAGAACGGCAGUUCUGGCAGAAUCAUCCAGACGAUGAAGACAUUUUAGAAGUGUUUGUAUACUGAAAAGGGUUU